GAGUCGCCUGUUAUAUUCUCCGAGGACGAGGAAGUGUGCGGUGAGAAUUCAGCAGAGCAAGUCUGACAACUCACACAACCAGAACGUGAUUUUUCAGCUGCCGUUUCAGGGGAGAAAAAAACAUCUGUGAAUCUGUGCCACUCUCUUAUAGACACAGCCAGAUUCUAUUCUGAGGCUGCAACAGAAUCAAAUCUCCGGAAAAACAACAGUGCGCGCGCUCGUUCUCACCAUCUGCAGGCGCGCUUAAAAGGUCUGCUAAGGGUCUUUGCGCUCGGGACCAAACAAAAACGAAAAUGUGCACGCACAACGCGUCUGCAAUGACUGAGUGGAAAACUGCGGAAUGGUGAAGUUGCAGCAGCAGCCGUGCGUGACAAUGCAUCGGAUAGUGCAGAGGAGGCGUGCAGGGCCGCUCCGUUCCGCGUGGUCGCUGCUCGGUGCCGUGGCGCUCGCGCUCGCCGCCUCCAGCGCCGUGUUUACCGCAUGGACGUGGCGACAAACCCGAGAUCUGACCAGGUCCGUCCAAAAUCUGCGCGACCGCUUGGAUCAGGGUUCUACAGAUCCUUUAAUGGUUCCACCAGAGGGAAGAAAUCCUGAAGAACCCUUUAUGGUAAAUUUGCAGCGCAAGGCUAUUGUCCAGCUUUUCCUGGAGAAGAGGGAGCUGCUGGAGAAUCUGCGAGUGAAGAGAGAAGAACACAUUCCAGAAACAUUUAUGUCUUAUUCCAAAACAUUUCUCCCCUUUUCCUUUGUUUUGCAAGCUGGAGGGACAAAAGGAAAAAAUGGAAAUGGAAGGAAAGUCGCCUCUCACUUCGAGAUAACCAAAGAUUCCUUCAAAACAGUGGGGACUGAGGGAAUCAUUAAAGGAUGGACUGAACAAUACCUGAAUAUGAGUCAGGCUGUGGAGUAUAACACAGAGACAGGCACAUUUAAAAUACUUCGGAGAGGUGUCUACUUUCUUUACUGUCAAGUGCAUUUUAGUGAGCAAGCGAGUCAAUAUGUGAAGCUGGAAGUGACUGUCCCACAGGGCCCAUCACUUCAGUGCAUGGAGGGAUACAGCACCACUCCAACAACAGGAUUUAAACAGUUCCACUUCCUGAAACCAUGCCAGGUUUCUGGCCUUCUUCUCUUAGAGAAAGGCGCUGAGCUUAAGGCAAAGACCGGAAGUGAAUUCACCCUGAAGGACUCAGGCAAACAUUACUUCGGCCUCUUCAAGGUGAACUAGUGGAUACAGCCGUACAGUUCAGCCUCACUGACUGCAUCGUUAUUCUGAGAUCUACCAAAGUCGAUACUCACUGGCUGGAUGAACCAUCUUUUUGUUAAAAAAGUUAAACAUCUGUAUUUUUUUUAUAUAUAUAUAUAAAUCUGACAUAUUGGAUAGGGUCCGUGCAGUCAUGGAGAACGUCUGUGACUGAGACAGUGAUGUUUUCAUCUCAGGCACCUGAGAGUAGUUUAAAUGACUGUACACAUACUAGUGCCCUAAUAAUCAGGAUGGUAAAGACAUGAAACCAUGAAUGCUGGACAGCUACAGUGCAUCUUUUUUUUAAAUUGCAUUGGUUUGGACUUAAGUGCAAAAACACUGAUUGUAGCUUGAUGAGGACCUUGUUCCAGACAAAUGGCUGCCUUGCCUAAACAGUGGCAGAGGCAGGUUUAACCGAGGGUACAGUUUUGGUGACGUUAAGACUGACAAUACAAAGCGGACAUGUGAUUUUAUCAACUGUUAAUUUGAUCAAACAUUUGUUCUGACUAACUUACGGCUGUCUUUGGAUCAGUUCAGCUUUGAAUUUUGAUUUAUCAAAUACACACUAAGUACUACUCUG